AUGACGGAAAAGCCUGCCGCAACACACUUUGGCGUUCUCGUCUUCACGGGCUUCCAAGCUCUAGAUGCUUUUGGCCCACUCGAUAUCCUCAACACGCUCUCUCUCAAGCAAGGUAUCUCGCUCUCGGUCCUCGCAUCGACGCUCGACCCAGUGACGACCAGACCACCAUCGGGAGCCUUGCAGCUCCCGACGGGCUCCAACUUCGCGCAGUCUAUCGUACCCACGCAUACGUUUGCCGAUCCUCCGAAAGAUCUUGACGUAUUGAUCAUCCCCGGCGGCUUCGGCGCGCACACCUCAACCCCGGAGAUACAGGCCGCUAUCGCCUUCAUCAAAGACGUAUUCCCGAAGCUCGGACACCUGUUCACUGUGUGCACUGGGUCGUCACUCGCAGCGCGCGCGGGUGUACUGGAUGGAAGGAAUGCGACCUCAAACAAGGCUUUCUUCGAGAUGGUCAAGGCUGACGGUCCAAACGUGAAAUGGGUGCCACACGCGCGAUGGGUUCGCGACGGCAACGUUUGGACGACAUCCGGGGUUUCGGCAGGACUCGAUGGGAUGUUCGCGUUCGUUGCUGCCCAUUGGGGCGAAGAGGUAGCUCAAGAUCUCUCCAAGAUACUAGAGUACGAGCGACACACCGACUCAAGCUGGGAUCCGUUCGCUGAGAUUCACGGCCUGUAA